CAUGUUAUAUCCUGUAGCUGCAAGUAGACACCCAGAACUCCCAGUGGAAGGUUCAUAUAAUGUCACACGUCUCAUCAUUUGAAAGGAAAAGCAAGUGAAAGGAGCUCCACUUUCUGAAAUGCAAUGUCUUCAUCAAAAAAGAGCUUCACCACCACCACCACCAAGCCUGAAGUUACCACCACCACCACCACCACCACAGCCCUCACAAUGUGGCCACUCAUGGUGGUUCUAAGGACUUAUGCUCCCUACAUCACCCUGCCCUUCGCUGCAGUCAUCGGCUUUGUAGGGUACAAUGUGGAGAAACACUUCCGCACUCCACCUCCCAGCCGACCGUCAGUGGAGGACCAGAGGACAGACCGACUACUGAAGGAGUUAGUGGAGGGCGACAAGGCAGAGCAGGUGACACUGAAGGAGAAAGCAUUUGUUCCCAAGACAAUAUUUGAGCGCAAUGUGUCUCCAAGCCUAAUGGAGGAGGACGGGAAGGGGACAGGGUGAUGGUUGAGGGAAUAGGGGAGAGGUAGGUGGCUGGGAAGUAUAUAGGAUGAUUUAGGAUGAUGCUUGAGUGUAAAAACUUGUGAUUCAGACUUAACAGAAAGGACAGGAAGGAGAAAGAGUGAUGUUUAAGAGAUUAGAGUAGGAAAAGGAGUGAUGUUUUUCAUUUUUUCAUUGUAAGGAGGGUUAAUGUGUGUAUGGAGGUAUGGGGAGUGAGUGUGUGGGCUUGCCAGUCUGGUGUAUAAACAAAUAAAGGAGCUUCCUGAAAGAGGAGGAAAGGAGAAGCAAAAAGGGUGAUAUUUAAGGGAAUAGAGAAGGAAAAAGAGGAUUAACUUCUAUUUUCAAUAUAAAAAUUUGUAACUCAGGCUUACUGGAACAAAGUGGAAGGAAAAUGGGUAAUGCUUGAGGGAAUAAGGAAGGAAAGUGAUGAUUAAUUUUUUAUCUUCAGUGUAAAAAUUUGUGUAUCUUGGCUGUAAAAAUGUGCAAAUCAGGGUAACAUAGUAUAAGAGGACUGGAAAGAGAGAGACUGAUGCUUGAGGGAACAGGGAAGGAAAUAAAGGAUUCAUUUCUUGUCUGAAUGUAAAAAUUUGUAAUUCUUGGUUAGUGAAAGAGACACAGGAGAGAGAAAAGCAAGGAAACAGGAGGUUGAUAUAUUUUUACACAGCAGAAAUAUGAGAGCUCAGCACAAGGAUAGUGUCAAAAAACAGGAUGAUAAAUUGUAAUUCUGAUUGUAGAGAUAUAUAAUUCAGACUUAGCAGAAGAGGAAGGAAGGGAAAGAGGUGAUUGAAGCCUUCAGGGAAAAGAGAGAAAGUAUUAAUAAUUAUUUCUGAAUGUAAUUAUUUGUGGUUGAGGGUUAGUGCAUGAAAAUGUGGUGCUUUGCUCAUGUAUAUAAAACUGUGAUGUCUCAAUGUGGAAGUAUUCAAAGGAGAGUGAAAGUUUAAUGUAAGAGUUUGUAUGAUAAGGAGGAGGAGGAGAAGGAAGCAGAUGAAUAAUAAUUUGAUUCUUUUA